UAAAAACGAAAAAAUUGCUGAAGGGUUGCAAAAGAUACCGAAUAAGAUGACUAACUCCGUAAAACUAUAGAGAAAUUGUAACGAUCGAUGAUAAACAAUUGCAAUUGUCAAAAAACUGAACAUUUCUUCCAGGUGAGGAUUAUUUGAGAGAAAACCAAUUUUAGACGAUAGAGGGCAGCUACGAUCUAUAUGAGAAGAAACGAUUAUUUUGUGUAGAGAGACAUUUUAAGAAUUAAGUUUUUGUUAUUGAAACAUCUUUUAAAAUAUCCAUCAAUUAUGGGAAUGAAUUAUGAAUCCAUUUUAAGUAAAGGCUCAAUACAAGCCCUAAUGAAUAAUGAAGAAGUAAAAGAACCCGUGAUGCAAGUUCUUGGUUCUAGAAAAAUUGCUGCAUCUGGUACUGACGAGAGGUAUCGUUUGCUUAUUUCUGAUGGUUUGAAUCACAAUUCUUUUGCUCUAUUAGCGUCUCAAUUAAAUGGUAUGGUAUCAUCUGGUGAACUUUCAGAUUUUGCUAUUAUUAAAAUAAAACGUCAUAUAAUUAGCAAUGUUACUGAUCGUACAAAAAGUAAUAAACAAGUUUUACUUCUAUUGGACAUAUCAGUUUUAGUAAAGGGAAGUGACGUUGGCCUAAAAAUUGGUGAUCCUAAACCAAUUAUUGAUGCAGUUUCUAGUAAUAAUUCUGUUUCAACUAAAGUAUCAACUAAUCAAAAAGUUUCACCAAUAAAACCACAGUCUAGUAACUUGAAUAAUAACUUUCAAAAUAAUAUUGAUGCUAUUCAUCCAUUAAAUUCAUUGAGUCCUUAUCAAAAUAAAUGGACUAUUAGAGUAAGAAUCAUGAACAAAUCAGCUAUUCGUACAUGGACUAAUCAAAGAGGAGAUGGAAAACUCUUUAGUAUGGACCUGGUAGAUGAACAUGGUGAAAUACGAGCUACUGCUUUUAACAAUGAGUGUGAUAAAUUCUAUGAUAUGAUUGAAGUGAAUAAGGUGUAUUUUAUUACUAAGGGUAUUGUUAAAACAGCCAAUAAAAAGUAUACUAACUUGAAUAAUGAUUAUGAAUUAACUCUUAAUGGCGAAACACAAAUAUUUCCUUGCCACGAUUUUGAUGACACUCAAAUGCCUGCUAUGAAAUUUAAUUUUAUUUCAUUAAAUGUAAUUAAGAAUCUAGAUAUUGAUAGUAUGGUUGAUGUUAUAGGAGUGUGUCAACAUACAUCUGAUAUUGUAAAUCUAGUUUCAAAGACUACAAAAAAAGAUUUGAGAAAAAGAGACAUUACCUUGGUAGACCAGUCUUUAAGUUCUGUAACUGUAACUCUUUGGGACAAUCUUGCAGAGGAAUUUGAUGGCUCAUUACAGCCUGUUGUAGCAAUAAAAGGAAGUAAAAUACGUGAAUUUAUGGGAAGUAAGUCAUUGUCUUUAAUGGGAUCGUCAAUAAUUCAGAUUAAUCCUGAUAUUGAAGAUUCUCAUCGUUUAAGAGGUUGGUAUGAUGCUCUUCCUUCAACAGUAGAGUUUAAUAGUAUAUCUACACGUUCUGAAAGUGGAACUAAUUCACAAUUUCAUACUAUUAAAAGUGCUCAAAUUGCUCAGCUUGGCAGUGGAGAUAAAGCUGAUUAUUACAGUAUGUACUCAUAUUUAGUCUUCAUAAAAGGUGAUUCUGCACUUUACAAAGCAUGUCCAAAGGCUGAUUGUCAAAAAAAAGUAAUUGACAGAAAUGAUGGAACUUACCGUUGUGAAAAAUGUAAUGACGAGUCUGAAAAUUUCAAAUAUAGAUUACUUCUUCAAGCACAGCUGUGUGAUACUACUAGUAGUCAAUGGGUAACUAUGUUUCAAGAAGCAGGAGAAGGAUUAUUAGGAAUAAAUACAUCAGAACUAGGUAAAUUAUAUGACAAUGACAAAGAAGAAUAUAACAAUGUUAUUCAUAAAAAGAUAUUCAAGAUGUUUGAAACAAGAGUAAGAGCUAAAUUAGAGACUUAUAAUAAUGAAACUAGAUUAAAAGUAUCAGUUAUGAAUAUGAAGCCUGUUGAUUACAAACUUGCAUCUUCUAAAUUGAUAACUGAUAUUAAAAGACUUAGUGGAAUGGGUACUUCUUCAAUGUAAUUUUUAUUAAUUUUAAUAUACAAGAUGUAUAAAAUAUUUUUUAAUUAUUAAAACACAAUAUGUUGAUUUUAUAAAUGUUAUUUAUGAAAUAAAAUAAAUUUUUUUAUGCCUUAAAACAUGAACUUAAAGAAUUGUAAUAUUAAUUUAUAAAAUGUCAGUAUUUGUAUAUAGGUCAUUUACCAAAUAAAUGU